AUGGUAAAGGGAAACUCUGAGUGCGUUGCUGCUACUAGGUCCUUGGGGGGAAGGGUUUCGGUGGCGGCUGCUAGGGUUAGAGAGGUUAGGGUGUUGUGUAAAAUUAGGGUUAUGGAUAAUUUGCUUAUAAGAAGAGUGGUCGCCGCCGGCAUCAUUGGUCUGUUUUCCAUCUCUCUUCCUGUGCUGCUAAUCGGUUCGACUCCUGCGUCGUCGUCCGCUUCUCUGCCUGCCCGCGUCGUUGCCACCAGCAUCUCUGUCAUCCGCGUCUCUAUUCGCCUCUCUGCUCUCCUCUCCAGCCACGUCUCUGCUCGCCUCUCCGCCCCAACUCUGUCACCCUCUCCGCCGUGCGGCUUUGUUUUGUUGCGUUGGUCCACUCUUCGUGACGCCGUCGAGAACCAGUGGGGUGGCCCUGACUCCCGCCUCAAGGCCGAUAACCUCGCCACCGAUAUCCUCUCCUGGUUCACUCAAUCCAGAGAGCGGCUUGAUAUUGAUGACUUGAAGGAUAAACUCGAUGAUGGCAUGUUUUUGCUCAAUGUAGGGGUUGACUAUGGCAGCAUUAAAGAGGUAGCUGAAAUUCUAAUGGAUAUGCAUGAGGAAUGCUUAGAAGGAAACUUUGUGACCAUUGAGCGUUAUAGGCAGGCCAUUGUUAACCAAGCUGCGCAUCCUCGUGCAGUGCCACAGAUUGUGAAUGAUAAGGAUGAUGAUGAGGAUGAGGAAGAUGAUGAUGUCCAAGGUGGUCAAAAUGGUGAAAGCAGUGCUAGGCAAGCUACUUCAAACAUGGAUGUGGACAUUCCAAAAUCUGAAUCAAACAUGAGUUCAGGUAACAUGCGGAUUGAUGAUGAGCCUCUCAAAAAGGAUGCAGGUGAAGCAGAGGAUGGAUGGGUUGUAGUUUCAAAGAAAAAAAAACAAGGUUAGAAAAAAUUAGAUGAAGAAUAGUUCAAAUUUUCCUUUAGGAUGGUGCAAUCUUCCUCUGGUUUCUAUUGGUUUUUGUUUUAUUGCACCUUUUACCUCAAAGCGUGUUACUUUGUAAUUAAUUUUUGUUUCCUUAUUUAAAGGAAUCGAUCGGCUGAGCCUGAGGUCUUUAAAAAUAGUAAAAUACUGAGAAGCACAUCUCAUAUUUAGGAUUUUAACAGUCCAACGUUAACAUUCCUAAUAUUAUGUAUCCUUUAGUUUUCGCGACCUUUAUGCAAAAUAUGAAAGUUCAUUUCGAAUACUUACAUCGAAAGCCUUGAAUUAUGUGU